AUGGCCAACGCCCCCCACGGUGGUGUCCUCAAGGACCUUCUUGCCCGCGAUGCUCCCCGCCAAGUCGAGCUCGCCGCUGAGGCCGAGACUCUCCCCGCUGUAGUGCUCACUGAGCGCCAGCUGUGUGAUCUCGAGUUGAUUAUGAACGGAGGUUUCUCUCCUCUAGAGGGUUUCAUGAACCAGGCAGACUACGACCGUGUCUGUGAGGACAACCGCCUUGCCGAUGGCAAUGUGUUCUCCAUGCCCAUUACUCUCGAUGCCAGCCAACAGGUGAUCGACGAGAAGAAGCUCCAAGCCGGUACUCGCAUCACCCUGCGUGAUUUCCGUGACGACCGUAACUUGGCUAUUCUUACCAUUGAUGACAUUUACCGCCCCGACAAGACUAGAGAGGCUAAGCUCGUCUUUGGCGGUGACCCAGAGCACCCGGCUAUCGUGUACUUGAACAACUCCGUCGAGGAUUUCUACAUUGGUGGAAAGAUUGAGGCCGUUAACAAGCUGAACCACUACGACUAUGUGGCUCUCCGCUACACCCCCGCAGAGUUGCGCGUCCACUUCGACAAACUGGGCUGGUCCCGUGUCGUCGCUUUCCAGACCCGUAACCCCAUGCACCGUGCUCACCGUGAGCUGACUGUCCGCGCGGCUCGUUCCCGCCAGGCCAAUGUCCUGAUUCACCCCGUUGUCGGUCUCACCAAGCCCGGUGACAUUGACCACUUCACCCGUGUCCGCGCCUAUGAGGCUCUCCUUCCCCGCUACCCCAACGGCAUGGCCGUCCUGGGUCUUCUCGGUCUGGCCAUGCGUAUGGGUGGUCCCCGUGAGGCCAUCUGGCACGCCAUCAUCCGCAAGAAUCAUGGUGCCACCCACUUCAUCGUCGGUCGUGACCACGCCGGUCCUGGUUCCAACUCCAAGGGCGAGGAUUUCUACGGCCCUUAUGAUGCUCAGCACGCUGUCGAGAAGUACAAGACCGAGCUCGGAAUCGAGGUUGUCGAGUUCCAGAUGGUUACCUACCUCCCCGAUACCGAUGAGUACCGCCCCGUUGACCAGGUCCCCGCUGGCGUCAAGACCCUCAACAUCUCCGGUACCGAGCUCCGCCGUCGUCUGCGUUCCGGCGCCCACAUCCCCGAGUGGUUCUCUUACCCCGAGGGUUUCACCAUCUUCCUGACUGGUUACAUGAACUCCGGCAAGGACGCCAUCGCGCGUGCUUUGCAGGUUACUCUGAACCAGCAGGGUGGUCGCUCCGUCUCCCUGUUGCUGGGUGACACCGUCCGCCACGAGCUCUCGUCCGAGCUGGGCUUCACCCGCGAGGACCGCCACACCAACAUCCAGCGCAUUGCCUUCGUGGCUACCGAGCUUACCCGCGCCGGUGCCGCCGUCAUCGCUGCCCCCAUCGCUCCCUACGAGGAGUCUCGCAAGUUCGCUCGCGACGCCGUCUCCCAGGCUGGUUCCUUCUUCUUGGUUCACGUCGCCACUCCCCUCGACCACUGCGAGUCGUCCGACAAGCGCGGCAUCUACGCUGCUGCUCGUCGUGGCGAGAUCAAGGGCUUCACUGGUGUCGAUGACCCCUAUGAGACCCCUGAGAAGGCUGAUCUCGUUGUGGACUUCUCCAAGCAGAGUGUGCGCAGCAUUGUGCACGAGAUCAUUCUGAUUUUGGAGAGCCAGGGUUUCCUGGAGCGUCAGUAA